UAGCCUGAGUGAAAAAAACUGUUUUUCUUAUGGAAACUCGGCUACGAUGAGUGGAAAUAUACACGGCCUUAGCUGGUUUCCGCAUUUUCCGGACAAAUUUGUGUCCUGGGGCCAGGAGAUACAUCUGUACGAAGUGCGCAACAAAGAGGAUCAAAACCAAAAGAGUCGCCUGCCUUAUAUAUCUGUAAACUAUCUCGCCAAUGAAACGCGCUAUCAGUAUGCACGCUGUGUGGCUGCGUCCUAUCACAGUGACCAGCCCAUUAUAGCCGUGGGUCUGGCAGAUGGAAAAGUUGGAGUUUGCAACUUCAGAGACACCUACGACAGCAGCUGGGAAUACACUCCCCGGCAGCAGCGCAUGUGCACGUGCCUGGCCUGGAACGAACUGGAUGCAAACAUUCUGGCCAUAGGUCAUGAUCGCCAUCGUAAUGACACCUGCAUCACCAUCUGGGAUAUCGAGACGGGUGUGCCCAAGGAGACGGCCAACUUUUUCGGGGUCGGAGAAUCCGCCAACUCCCUUUGCUGGGAUCGUAAUUAUCGUACUGUGAUCGCGGGAAUGAGCCAGAAAAUGAUCAAGUUGUUCGAUCUAAGACAGAGCAACGCCACCUGCCAGAGCAUCCAAACGAAAACGGUUCAGGGCUUAUCGGUGUCCCCCAAUGGCAACUACCUCUGCAGUUAUGUGGACUCUGUGAUCACCCUGUGGGAUCCGCGCACCAUCAAGAGCCCACUGCGGCAGAUUCAAUCAUCAAAGAAUCACCUUCAGAUUGCCUGGUGCCCGACCAGGACCAGUUUGCUGUCCUCCUUGCAAAGGGACUCUCCGUAUAUUACACUUUACGACAUCCGGAGUGUGGAUAAUGAAAAUUCCGGCGAGAUAUAUCACGUGAAAAGACAGAUAAGCCCAUUUCCGGCCAAGUUCGAGCAUAGUGGAAAAUUUUCAUAUGUGAAUAGUCUCUCCUGGCACUCGAGAGAUUUCGAGAGGGCUUUGCUUGUCGCGGAUGCUGUGAAUAUCCUGGACUUUCACUUGCCCGCCACUUUGCACACGGCUCACAGUAAUCGCCGGAAGUUACCCCUUCUGAUGCAGAGACCACUUUUUACACCUGCCUCGCCAACGUCCACAAAUGCCGCCACACCCACUCAGCAGCUGCCGACGAGCAGCUGCAGCACAAACAGCGGAAGCUCUCUGGACUUUAGCAGUCCUGGUGGUUCAGCCCUAAAUGUCGAUUUUCUAGAACCGGAACUCUUUGAACUCGACUUGGUGGAUGAGACACGGCAGCGAGCAUUGGAGGAUUACGGGAUUCGACCGGACAAUAAAAAAUUCGCCGACCUACACUUAAGUCCAUAUUUGCGGAAUGUGUGGUCCACCCUAAAGAAUGUCUAUAACGAGGAACGCCUGGUCGGUUUGAAAGCCACCUUGGGCAUCAACCUGGGGCACACAUCCGAGGCUCUGAUGGCCAGUUCCCGCAUUGAAUCUCAGGUUCUCCAGUGGCCGGAGGGCAUCAAUAACUCCAACAAGCUAAUAUGCUACAGAAGCGAACAGAGGGACAUGGCUCUGCAGCUCUGCGGUUGGGCCGUCGAGCACGAGCUGGAGCGUUUUAUUGAACAGCUGUACGCUAACAAGGAGUACAGCCGAGCGGCUAUGAUUUAUGUGUUCCACCUUAAGAUCUUCCAUGCCUGCAACAUCCUCUCCACGGCAGCGGAUAAUAUGCGAGAUCCGAGCAUGUACAGGAUCACGGUGAUUGCCUUGUCCAGCUUCAAUGCGGAUCGCUGCAGCUCCACUUGGCGGAAUCAGCGUUCCAGUGCCAAUAUGCAGAUACAGGAUCCGCAUCUCAGGGCGAUAUUCUCGUUUCUCACCAUGGAAAAGGAAAAUUUUGAUGCGGUGCUCAAAGAGGAGGGCGUUGCACUGGCGGAUCGGGUAGCCUUUGCCUGUAAAUAUUUGUCGGAAACCAAGCUGGCGGACUAUGUGAAGCAACAGAUUCAGGCGUCCAUUGAAAACGGUGAUCUAAAUGGCCUGCUCCUGACUGGAGAAUCUCUGGACGGGAUUAGCAUUCUUCAGUCCUACAUGGACGCCAGUUUUGAUGUCCAGACUGUAGCCCUGGUGGCCAUCAACUACUUCCGUCAAGAGCACUUUUCGGACAAACGUAUCCAGUACUGGAUCGCCAGCUACCUGGACCACUUAAACAGCUGGGGUCUGUGGGAGAAGCGUGCCGAACUGGACAUCAAGAUUGAAGGAAUUCGUGCCUCGUCCCGCAGCUCCCGCACCGUUUUCCUUUCCUGCAACUUCUGCGGAAAGUCCGUCUCAAAUGCCUUAUUGGAUGAGCCGCGUCCACGUAGCACCACCACUAGCACCAAUCGUCUCUCCUCCUGCCCCAGCUGCCGGAAGCCGUUGCCCCGCUGCUCCCUCUGCCUGAUGCACAUGGGCACCAUGGUGAACAUGAGCAAUGGUGAAGCUCCGAACAACACACCAGAGGUGUCCGGCUGGCAGACGAAACCCUUUUCCAAGUGGUUCUCCUGGUGCCAGACCUGCCGACAUGGCGGCCACACCGAGCAUAUCAUGCAAUGGUUCAAGCAAAAUUCAGAGUGUCCUGUGUCGGCAUGCAACUGCCGGUGCUUCGACAUGGACGGCACCAAGCCGAAUACUUUAAGAGACAUUUCCUAGCUGCUCAUUAGGCAGCCACCACUCCACACUCUGCAUCCACACCAUAUGCCAUAUGCAUUAAGUUGUUGACUUGUUCCAAAUGCGCGCGCCUUAAACUAAAAAAGAAAACUCAGAAGUGUUCAUUGUACUUAGACAUGGGAUGUGCCCGUAGCAUUAGUGUUUAUGACCUAUCAGCUUUUAGCUGCUCAAUUGCAUUUUAUACUUACAUUCAAAUAAAGGACUAUAAAAGAU